AUGUGGCGCUCCCGCGGGCCCGAGCACGUGCGGCCGCUGAUCGCCUUCCAGGGCAGCCGCGGGUACCUAAGGCUCCCAGGUCCUGGCUGGUCUUGCGUCUUCUCCUUCAUAGUGUCCCAGUGCGGCCAGGAGAGUCUUGGUGGUGGCCUGGAUCUUGUGUCCCAAAGGUUGGGCAGAUCGGGGCCUGACCGCCUCCACUGCCUGGGCCCACUCAGGGAACGCCUCACCAUUUGGGCAGCCAUGGAUUCUAUCCCAGCCCCAUCCCUAGUUCAGAGGCACAUCCUGACUGAAGCAGCCAGAGAUCCAGGCACUUGGCAGAACACUGGAGAUGAUUCUGAAGAAGACCCCGUGUCACAGCCACAGGUGGCACUAGAAGAGGUGCCAGAUCACCUGGCAAGCAACCAAGGACAGUCACUCCCAGGAUCCUCCAGGGAACACAUGGCACAGUGGGAAGUGAGGAACCAGACUCAUCUUCCAAACAGAGAUCCUGAUCAGAGACUGCCUUCCUCUGCCAGCCAGAAACAUCUGGACAAGAAACGCCCAUCAUCUACAGCCACUACAGAACCAGAAGAAAAGAGGCUCAGAGCUCUGCCUCUAGCUCAAAGUCCACUCCAAGGGCUCCCAGGUCAGGACCUACAAGAGGAAGAAUGGGAACAAGAAAAUGAAGACCUGGGCCCCAGGCUGGAGGACAGUCCCACAGCUCAAGCAGACUCUGAAUCACCAAGCCCAGAAGAGGUACCGGAUUACCUCCUGCAAUAUAGGACCAUCCACAGUGCAGAACAGCAACAUGCUUAUGAACAGGACUUUGAGGCAGAUUAUGCUGAAUAUCGCGUCCUACACGCUCAAGUUGGAGCUGCAAGCCAAAGGUUCAUAGAGUUGGGAGCUGAAAUCAAGAGGGUUCAGCGAGGUACUCCAGAACACAAGAUGUUGGAAGUCAAGAUAGUCAAGGAAUAUAAGAAGUUCAGGAAGCGGUACCCAGGUUACAGAGAAGACAAACAUCGCUGUGAAUACCUGCACCAGAAAUUAUCCCAUAUCAAAGGUCUCAUCCUCGAGUUUGAAGAAAAGAACGGGCAGCUAAAGCCGUCCAUGGGCUCCUGAUCCUCUGCCCAAGGAGAUAUGAAGGAACAAAGCAGCCAUGAACUUAGUAGAGUGCAACUGCCUGCUUUUCUUGUUGUUGACCGCCGGAGUUGGCACGUAGCAGAGCUGCUCUAGGUGCUUGAGGGUUGAUUUUUUAUUGUCGCCACAUUUUAAUUUUUAGGGUUAGGCAAAGUGCCAAGACUCACAGCUGUGCCCAGAAGUGUCAGAUAAUUGGCUUCUUCAUGUUUAGUUUGAGUCCAAUCAAACUCACAUCCUGAGAAAUGACACCAUCACCAGGACAAGGUACCUUCGGGAUUUCAGACAAAGUGAAUUUGGCCUGGUGGUCUUCCUAAGGAAACGUCGAUGGCAGCUACUAGUAACAAGCUAAAGGACCUUGUACCACAGCUGAAUGUAAUGGGCACUAUCUCAUUGAAGGGAAAGGGCUUGGUUAUUAGCAUGUACCCAAAGUAAAAUUUUUUUUA